CCGCACGCUCUUCCUUCACAACUUAAACGUAGAUCAGGCCGAAUGAAACAACGAUAAAGACUUGCGGAAAGCAAAAAGUUCACAAAUUAUUGACUCCAGGCUAUAAUGCGGGUGGACGCCGUUACCAAACGGCAAUUUGCAUUUGCGGUCCUGGUUGGGAUCUGGGGCCUCAAGAUUCACCAUGUCAUCUUGCACCUCAAGGGGACGCAAAUUCUUAGUCAUGUGCACCUGGGAACAUGGUGUCUCUUGGACACUCUGUACUUCUUUGGCCUCUGGUUGCUGAGAAUCGAAUGGCUGGACUUUCGUUUUAUCGUUUGCGCGGCGUUGACCUUUGCAUCUUGCAUGAUUGAUAUGGGACUCGCGGGCCUAGUUACUGAACGAACCGCUCAAGAUACCUUCACUGGGCGAUAUAGACAACCUGGUGUCGUGGAUCAUCCACACAUUCGAGCAGACAUCUUCAAUGAGUCGCAUCUAUUGGGAUCUCAUGUCGUGCACGUCCUUCCCCCUACCUUCGCAAAGAUUAAUCCCAAUGCAUCAGCAUUUUGCUUGGGGUUCACUGAAAAAUCUGCCGAUAUCCCGGUAAAAAUAAAAGGAACCCCACCAUGGAAGAUUUCCUAUGAGUACUACGGUUUCGACGGGAGUUACCGGCUCUUUGACAACAUUACCGUUGAAGGUUCAGGUCCUGUCCCAGCUACCGUCAGUAAGAAGGAAACCAGGAUUGGAGUAUAUACGAUUCCUGCUGAUAAGCCAGGAAUCUAUCGUCUCGUGUCUGUAAGGGAAAAGCGACAUAAGCUGGAGGAUGAGGGCAAAGUGCUGCAACCGGACAUGGUUGAGGUGGUACAGUGUCCUCAGGCUCGGCUGGUUGUACCACCAAAGGACAGCGGGAAGGAGGCAGUGGACAGAUGUGUCGAUCAAACAUAUUCGCUCAACAUUCUCCUGUCUGGUACUCCUCCGUUCACUGCUUGGUACCUUCGGAAAAUCGGGCCGACACCUUCGCUAGUUAUGAUUGAGAGUGGAGAACAAGAUGGAAAACAAGAAGGGAAGAUAAAAUCGUCGCGCACUAUACCCCACGAUGUGCUGAAACGAUUGCUAGCUGCUCGGACACGCGACAUAUCGUUGCCUGUUGAAGUCAAGGUAGAAGAAGCAACGGAGUACUUGCACAAAAUUGUAGAGGUCACAGACGGGCGUAACAAUAGUGUCAUUUUUCCGCCAACAAGUGAACGUGACGUGCCCGUAACUGGUCAUGUCGUGAAGGCAGAUCGCUCUGGGGACUCUUUCCUUUUAAGGGGCCAUUCACUGCCGUCGGCCCGCUUCGAUCGGUGCGAGUCCGUCAGAAUACGGAGCGGAUUCGAACACGAAGGUGCUACCAUAAAUAUUCUAUUGACGGGAGUCGGGCCUUGGCAACUUCGAUACGCUAGAUCUGCAUCGGAGGAGAACGCAGUUGCUGGCAAAUUCGAGAGCGAGAAGACAGUUAAAGAUAUCCAGAAUCCCCAGUUCAACCUUGUCGUUCACGAGCCUGGCGUCUAUGUCUUGCUCUCCGUUUCUGACAAAUACUGUUCUGGUGUCACUGAGCUUCCCGCUACAUGCAUUGUUCAAAAAACACUACCGCCUCAGAUUUCCAUCUCGGCUCAGCCAAUUAUGCAAGAAUGUUUCGGGGCGACUGGCAUGGAUGUGAAUUUCUCCAUGACGGGCGAGCCGCCAUUCUGGGUGGAGCUUCAAGUAGUCAAUAAGGUUACUGGAAAGCGUGCAGUGGAACGGAAAGACUUUUCUAAAGCACUGCACACAUUAAGAAUGCAGCCACAGGAACCUGGUGAAUAUGAAUAUGUUUUUUUGAAGAUUGGUGACGCGGUCUACACAAUGGGAGUUCCCGUGGAGGGCAUAAGCUUUAAGCAGGUCAUUCACACGCCGUCGAGAGUGUCCGUCGUCUCGGCAGACGGUAAACGGUGUAUUGGAGAUUCUGCUAAGGUUGAAGUGAGCCUAGCGGGAGAGCCCCCAUGGUCGCUGUCGUACGAAAUUACGAGGGGAACAACCAAGACGCAAUACACGAAGUCGAAUAUCACUCAAGACAGAAUCGUUAUUGAGACACCGACGUUGGAUAGCCCUGGGACAUAUGUUGUGGACCUGACAGAAAUUAGGGACGGAAAUGGUUGUGUAGCACCGGUGCCGACCGACCCAAUAGCAAUCGAGGUACUAUCGCAGCGACCUAGCGCUCACUUCCAUUGCCCGAAGCCUAUUCAUUUCCUGGAAAACGACCGAGCAAAGAUUCCUGUCGUAGUAUCAGGACAUGGAAAGUACAUGCUAAAGUAUAAGAGGGCUGCCCCUCCUGGCGCUGAAUAUACCAUUACUGGGGACAGAACUAUUGAAGGCGUCACUAUCUCGGAGCCAGGAAUAUAUGAGUUGACAGCAUUUAAUGACGCCUAUUGUUCGGGAAGAGUUGUAGAACCAACUAAAUGCCAAGCCUUCACGAUCCCAAAACCGAAGCUGGAGAUACCUCCAACUGAAUAUGAAAUUGCUGCAGAUCAUACUCUUCAGCGUAAAGCCGUUUGCGAGAACUCACCUGACAGGCUGGAAUUGCACUUGAACGGGACACCUCCUUUUACGAUAUUCUACACACAUGAGUGGCAGUCUCCGAGCAAGGAACGCACCGAGUCGAAAAAGACAGCAAUCAGCGAAUACGAAAACCGUGUCGCACAGCAGUUUGCGAGGAUCAGCUUGGUCACGGACAAACCGGGACGUCAUAUCUACAAGUUCACUGGAAUUGCGGAUGGUAAUUACCAAACGCGGAUUCCUCUUCACCACCAAAACGUUUUGCAACAGGUCCACGAGAGACCAAAGGCAGUGUUUUUGGAUGAGGCUCAACGGACGUUCCAAUGCAUAGCGACCGAAACUGAUACUGAACUGCGAAUUCAACUGACUGGAAGUCCUCCUUUCAACCUUCAAGUCUACCGCAAGCAUCCGUCAUCGUCGGACCCCGAGAUUCUCAAUUUACAAGUCAAUACGACAUUGUUCACCUACCGUCCUGAGAAGCCAACCAUCAUAGGACGGUAUGUUUAUACCAUCAAAUCCAUCUCUGAUCGAACCGGAUGCGAAUCGGUAUAUGAAGGCACGGAACCCGGAGCCCAAGUCACAGUUCAAGUAACGGAUAUGGCCCGAAUUACAAUGGAGCACGAACAAAAGGUGACAUGCGUCGGUGACAUGCUGUCGUACACACUGGAAGGAACGGCCCCUUUUACCAUUGGAUAUCAAUGGAAUGGUGUGUCCAAACCAGAUAUUACAGUCAAUGACCCUGUGUUGAUGCUGCUUGCCGCUGAAUCCGGUUUUGUGAAUGUGACACGGGUUUGUAAUGCCAUGAAGUGCUGUUAUCAACCUCCUGGAGGGCUUGUCAAGGAAGUAAAUCCCUUGCCAAGAGCGAUUGUGGAUGGGGGAAUUGAUAUCAUUGAUGACAUUCGAGAAGGUGAUGAGUCGGUGAUAGGAGUAGAGUUUGAAGGAACUGCUCCUUUCAGUUUCCGAUAUACCCGCACACCGUUGCUAGAUCCUGAGGUUCAGCGACGAGACCCCGACGAGUCAUUUACGAUUGAGAAUAUAUUUAGCAAUAAGUACCUACUCACUACGGAUAAAGAAGGCCUUUUCCGCGUUACUUGGGUGAAAGACCGGUUCUGUGAGUUCCCUCCGAAAAAAUGGGCCGAUCCAAAAGCUGCAAAUGUACUUUUGAGAGGGAGCAAGAAGCGAGAUUAGGCGAUGUAUAUUCGUAGACAUUGUACUUUGGUGGGCGGUUGUUUAUGGUUUGCAUAUAAUUUUGACCAUUGCUUUGGUGGUGCAUGUUGAGAUGGGUAUUAUAUAUAGGACGAUGUGAGAUAUUUAUGACCAUAAAGCAUGGUAUUCAUGUGGGCUAGCGAAAGGAUGGCACGCCGUGAAAUAUGGCGCAUGCAAACUUUUACUCUUUGAUAUAAAUUGCUCUACUCCUUUCGUUCCAG